CGCGGCUCCGCACGGUAUUUAGCACAUGCGGAAAGUUGGAGCCGCCGUGCGAGCGCCUCGGAGGUGCCUGCGAUCCAGGAGCCGGCGCACUUGAGCCUCGCAGCGCGGGGAGGGAAGCGCGCAGCCCUCCCGCUGGUUGGGCCCGGCCGCGGCAGCCCAGCGGGGUCCUGCCAGUCCUUCCACUGACAACACCCCGCGAAGGAGGAGCCUCGCCGGGCCGCGCACAAGGCGUCAGGAGCUGCAAUUUCCAACUUAGCAUCUUGGCAGGACCCUUCGGAAAGCGAGAGCGAGGAGGAAGGGGGGGAAAAAAAAAAGCCGCCCCCCCCCCCCCUCUUUCCCAGUGCAAGGGGGAAGAGAGAGAGCGAGUGAGCUAAGGGGGGGCGAAAAAAGAGAGAGAGGGGGAGAGAAGAAGGAGGAAGCGGUGCCAGGCUGCAGGCGAGCGCGGAGCGGCAGCCCCGGUGCAGAGCAAGGUGCCGCCGCUGCCCAGCUGGCGAGGGCGAAGAGGCGAAGCCCCGGCCGCAGCGGCCCCAGCCCGGCAGCGCGGCGGCUCCCUCCUGCCCUGGGCUCGCGGGUAUAUGUGUGCGCCUGGCCAUGUCGUAUCCUCAGGGUUACUUGUACCAGCCGUCAGCGUCCUUGGCUCUCUACUCCUGCCCGGCAUACAGCACCAGCGUGAUCUCCGGACCCAGGACCGAUGAACUCGGGAGAUCUUCUUCGGGCUCCGCUUUUUCCCCUUAUGCCGGAUCUACCGCCUUUACCGCCCCUUCCCCCGGUUACAACUCCCACCUCCAGUACGGCACCGACCCGGCCGCCGCCGCCGCCGCCGCCUUCACUUCCUACGUGGGCUCGCCCUACGACCACGCUCCGGGCAUGGCCGGUUCCCUGGGCUACCACCCGUACGCGGCACCGCUCGGCUCCUACCCGUACGGGGACCCCGCGUACCGCAAGAACGCGACGCGGGACGCCACGGCCACCCUCAAGGCCUGGCUCAACGAGCACCGCAAAAACCCCUACCCCACCAAAGGCGAGAAGAUCAUGCUGGCCAUCAUCACCAAAAUGACCCUCACCCAGGUCUCCACCUGGUUUGCCAACGCGCGGCGGCGGCUCAAAAAGGAGAACAAAAUGACCUGGACGCCGCGGAACCGCAGCGAGGACGAGGAGGAAGAGGAGAACAUCGACCUGGAGAAAAACGACGAGGACGAGCCCCAGAAACUGGAGGAGAAGGGCGACUCCGGGACGCCGGAGGCAGGAGCGGCGGAUCCCAAGGCAGCGCCGGGCUGCGAGCGCCUCCAGGAGUCCCCCGGCCCCCGGGAGCCCGAGGGCGGCCUCAGCGACUCGGAUUGCAAGGAGCCGUCGGAGGAGCGGCUGGACGGGCCGGCCGCCCCCCCGAAGGCGCCGGGCUGCUCCCCGCCGGGGCCGUGCCGCGAGGAGCCGCCGCCGUUCCGCCCGCCGCUCGCCGACCCGCUGCCGCCCGCCUCCGUCAUCCACUCUCCGCAGCAGGCGGCCCUCGCCAAGCCCAAGCUCUGGUCGCUGGCCGAGAUCGCCACCUCGGCGGACAAGGCGAAGGACGCGGGCGGCGAGGCGGCGCCCCCCGGCCCGUCGCGCUCCCCGCCGCGCUCGCCGCCGGCGCAGGGCCCCUUCCCCAACGGGGCGGUCCUGCCGCGGCCGCUCUACUACACGGCGCCCUUCUACCCCGGGUACACGAACUACGGCUCCUUCGGGGCCCUGCACGGGCACCCCGCCGGCGGGCCCGCCGCCGCCCCCGGCGCCCACUUCAAUGGAUUAAACCAGACUGUCCUCAGCAGAGCCGAGAGCCUGGCUAAAGACACUAAAAUAAUCAGGAGCCAGUCCCAAGUAGACCUUUGCAAAGACUCACCUUACGAACUGAAGAAAGGUAUGUCCAACAUUUAAUAUCGGCUUCUCCUCCUCGUACCCCCCCUCCUCUUCCUCCUCCCGGGACUGUGGUUUUGUUCUUUUUUUUUUUUUUUUUUAAUUUAUUGAGAGAAAUAAUAAAUUGCUUUGGCAGUUAUUUUUCCACUACCAAAAGAAAAGAGGAAAAAAAAAAAAACCCACCAAACGUAAGCAAAACAAACAGAAAAAGACCAGCUGCCCCCUCCCUUCUCAGCACCCCCUCAAAAGUUUAUAGAGUCUAUUGGAAAUGGCUGGGUGGAAACCGCCCAGAAAUGUCUUAACCAAGUGAAAAGCAAACGAGUGACACUCUCUCUCUCUCACACACACACACAAAGAAGAAAGAUUUGUAUGAAAUCUUAUUCUGUAUAUUUAAUGUAGCUUUUUUGUAUUUAAAUUGAUAAUACAGUAUCUUUGAAGUAAAUUAUGAAAUCAAGACACCUGUACAGGCAUUAAUGUUGUUUUCGUAAUAUAAAUAUAUACAUUUCUGUGUCUUUUUCCGAAUUGUUUCAUAGUUUUAAAAUAUAUAUAUACAAGUUUAAUUUAAUU